AUGCAUCCCCUCUCAUUCCUCCUCAUCCUCUUCUCAACAGCCGCAGCGCUCCCCGCAACACCAGCAACACCAACAACACCUCCUCCAUGCACCAUGAAACCGCCAACCUCGCCUCCACCGCGUCCAUGCCUCCCGACCGGCACCUUGCAGCCCAUAGACGACAACGACAGCAACAAAGCAAACCCGACCCCCCCAUCACCAAUCUACACCACGAUCCGCUUCCCCUUCCCCUCCAACUCCUCCGCCAACGCCUCCGUCCCCUGCGCCUCCAUCCGCAGACCUCUCCGCCUAGGUCCGGCCCGUCUGCACAAAAGCCAGCCCUCUCCGACAUCAAACGACAACGACAACAACCAGGACAAAGUAACACCGGCAGCAGUGGCAGCCGCGGUCGCUGCCGUAGAGACGCCAGACGACGGACCCCGCGACUACGCCUCCCUGAUCCCGCCGGCCCCGGGCGUCACGCCCCGUCCGGAGCCGAAUCUAGCGGAACUGGGAUACUACCAGACGACGUACUACUCCUGCGCGACCCGCGGCGUGUCGGUGCACUGCGGAUGGCACAGGCCGAUCAUGGUCGCUCCCGCCAAGGCGAGUGAGGCCGCUGCGGCUGCUGGUAUAGCCGGUUCGCGGGCGGUACUAAUCACGGCGGUGAUCGGGGUCGUCGUCGCCCUGUUCAUGACCGGAUGA